UUUAUACAUGUUUCUGCACACAGUCCAGCAACAGCAGGGUUCAGCAGCACACAGUUUUGUCAGCAGGAUUACAACGUGAGAGGGAGAGUUUUACCAACUUACCUUUUUUAAUAAGAAAAUGUAAAGAGGCAAAUAAUUACAUCUGUAAGACCAAGCAGUAACAUAAAGAAGUCCCAAGAGAUAAGAAGGAAAGAAAAACAGAGAUACAGAUCAUCGUGCUCUGAAAAUAUUUGUACAAAGGUGAAGCAACCCAGACACUUGAAGCCUUGUGAGCAGGUGGCUAGCUGGGAACCAUCACUGUGUGCUGUGCCAAUACCCAGUGCUCUGCUCCUGAGUCAUUGCUUCCUUGGUUACAUUUACAUAAUUAUUCCAACAUCUAGUUUGGUAAGAAGAAAAGAAAGUUGGUCUUGUUUGGCUGAGUGGGAGUUAACUAAUCCAUCUUAAAAUAAUGAUGACAAAAAAGAGCAUAUCUGCAAGCAGAGUUUCCCUGAUUCUCUUUCUGUGCCAGAUGAUUACUGCAUUGGAAGUACCUCUUGAUCCAAUACUUCUCAAAGAAUUAUCACAGCCUCCAACAAUAACUCAGCAAUCUCCAAAAGACUACAUUGUUGACCCUCGAGAGAAUAUUGUAAUACAAUGUGAAGCAAAAGGAAAGCCACCUCCUAGUUUCUCAUGGACCCGUAAUGGAACUCAUUUUGAUAUAGAUAAAGAUGCACGGGUAACAGUGAAGCCAAACUCAGGAACCCUUGUAAUAAACAUUAUGAAUGGCGGAAAGACAGAAGCAUAUGAAGGAGUAUAUCAGUGUACAGCAAGGAAUGAACGUGGAGCAGCCAUUUCCAAUAACAUUGUUAUACGCCCAUCCAGAUCCCCCUUGUGGACUAAAGAAAAAGUAGAACCAAAACAUGUCAGAGAAGGUGAUCCUCUAGUACUUCACUGCAGCCCUCCAGUUGGCUUACCACCACCUAUAAUAUUUUGGAUGGAUAAUUCUUUCCAAAGGCUGCCUCAAAAUGAAAGAGUUUCCCAAGGUCUAAAUGGAGACCUUUAUUUUUCUAAUGUAAAACCAGAGGACACUCGUGAGGACUAUAUUUGUUAUGCGAGAUUUAAUCACACUCAGACUAUACAGCAGAAGCAACCUAUUUCUGUGAAGGUGUUUUCAAUGGAUUCAUUGAAUGAAACUAUAUCUGCUAAUUUGAGUGACACUGAUUUUUAUGGUGCCAAGCCAUUGACAGAGAGACGACCAACUCUUUUAACUCCAGUGGGGAGCACAAGUAAUAAAGUGGAACUAAGGGGAAAUGUACUUUUGCUGGAGUGCAUUGCAGAAGGAUUACCCACACCAGUUAUCCGCUGGAUUAAAGAAGGUGGAGAACUGCCCAUCAACAGAACAUUUUUUGAAAAUUUUAAGAAAACUCUCAAAAUCAUAGAGGUUUCUGAAGCUGAUUCUGGAAAAUACAAAUGUGUAGCAAGAAAUCCAUUAGGUUCCACUCACCAUACCAUUACAGUAACUGUCAAAGCUGCUCCAUACUGGAUCACAGCACCUAGAAACCUUGUGUUGUCUCCUGGAGAGGACGGAACCCUGAUCUGCAGAGCUAAUGGCAACCCCAAACCUAAUAUUAGCUGGCUAACAAAUGGUGUGCCCAUAGCAAUUGCCCCAGAAGAUCCUAGCAGAAAAGUAGAUGGUGAUACCAUUAUUUUCUCUGAUGUGCAAGAAAGAUCAAGUGCUGUUUAUCAAUGCAAUGCCUCUAAUGAAUAUGGAUACUUGCUGGCAAAUGCAUUUGUGAAUGUUUUGGCUGAGCCACCAAGAAUUCUGACUCCUGCUAAUAAAUUAUAUCAAGUCAUUGCAAACAAUCCUGCGUUGCUAGAUUGUGCUUUUUUUGGUUCACCUGUGCCUGAAAUUGAAUGGUUUAAGGGAGUAAAAGGGAGCAUCCUGCGUGGAGAUCUUUAUGUUUUCCAUGACAAUGGAACUCUGGAAAUUCCUGUGGCACAAAAGGAUAGUACUGGCACAUAUACCUGUGUAGCAAGGAAUAAAUUAGGAAAGGUACAAAAUGAGGUUCAUCUAGAAGUCAAAGAUCCAACAAUGAUUAUUAAACAGCCUGAAUACAAAAUCAUUCAAAGGGGUGGCCAGGUUUCCUUUGAGUGUACUAUAAAGCACGAUCCUACCUUAAUACCAACUAUUAUGUGGUUGAAGGAUAAUGGUGAACUGCCAGAUGAUGAAAGGUUUAUUAUUCAUAAAGAUAGUUUGGCCAUUAUGAAUGUAACUGAUAAGGAUGAUGGAACCUAUACAUGUGUAGCAAAUACUACCCUGGACAGCGUUUCUGCAAGUGCCGUACUCACUGUUGUUGCUGCUACCCCAACUCCAGCUAUCAUUUACGAUCGUCCAAAUCCACCCUUUGAUUUAGAAUUAACAGAUCAGCUAGAAAGAAGCAUACAGCUGUCCUGGAUACCAGGCUAUGACAAUAACAGCCCCAUUACAAAUUUUGUCAUUGAAUAUGAAGAUGGAAUGCAUGAACCAGGGGUAUGGCAUUACCAGGCAGAAGUCCGUGGGACUCAGACAACUGUACAGUUAAAGCUGUCUCCAUAUGUUAACUAUUCAUUCCGUGUAAUAGCUGUCAAUGAGAUUGGUAGAAGUCAGCCAAGUGAAGCAUCUGAACAAUACCUAACAAAAGCUGCAAAGCCAGAUGAAAAUCCUUCCGGUGUUCAAGGGAUAGGAUCAGAACCCGAUAAUUUGGUGAUUAUAUGGGAGCCUUUAAAAGGUUUUCAGUCCAAUGGACCAGGUCUUCAAUACAAAGUCAGUUGGCGUCAGAAAGAUGUUGGUGAUGAGUGGACUUCUGUUAUAGUUGCAAAUGUUUCAAAAUAUAUUGUAUCUGGUACACCAACCUUUGUUCCAUAUGAGAUAAAAGUACAGGCUUUAAAUGACUUAGGAUAUGCACCAGAACCUGCAGAGGUGAUUGGACAUUCUGGGGAAGACUUACCAAUGGUUGCUCCAGGCAAUGUGCAGGUGCACAUUGUUAACAGCACAUUAGCCAAGGUGCACUGGGACCCCGUUCCACUAAAAACUGUCCGAGGACACCUUCAAGGAUACAGGAUUUACUACUGGAAAGUACAGAGUUUAUCUAAAAGAAGGCGGCGGCAUGUGGAGAAAAAGAUUCUGACAUUCAGUGGAAACAAGACACAUGGAAUGUUGCCAGGACUGGAGCCUUAUAGUUCUUACAAGCUGAAUGUUAGAGUUGUUAAUGGUAAAGGGGAAGGACCAGCAAGCCCUGACAAAUUAUUUAAGACUCCUGAAGGAGUUCCUAGCGCACCUUCCUUUUUGAAGAUUACUAAUCCAACACUGGACUCUCUCACUUUGGAAUGGGGUCCACCUACUCACCCAAAUGGUGUUUUGAUAGCGUAUACACUAAAGUUUCAACCAAUUAACAGCACUCAUGAAUUAGGCCCCUUGGUAGAGAUCAGAAUUCCUGCAAACGAGACCAGCUUGAUAUUAAGUAAUUUAAAUUACAGCACACGAUACAAGUUUUACUUUUAUGCACAAACAUCAGUUGGAGCUGGAAGUCAAAUAACUGAGGAAGCAGUAACAAUUAUGGAUGAAGGUAAGAUGGCUGGUAUUCUCCCUCCUGCUGUAGGUGCAGGCAAAGGAUACUCAGAAACCCUUUUUGCAACCUCCCCUGUCAUACAUACUGUCCAUCUAACAUUCUAUAAGGUGCGACCAGUUUAUCCAAGGAUCAGAAAUUUUACUGCAUCUGCUGCUGAGACCUAUGCCAAUAUCAGUUGGGAGUAUGAGGGACCAGAUCAUGUGAACUUUUAUGUUGAAUAUGGUGUAGCAGGCAGCAAAGAAGAUUGGAAAAAAGAAAUUGUAAAUGGUUCUCGGAGCUUCUUUGUGUUAAAGGGUUUAACACCAGGAACGUCAUAUAAAGUCCGGGUUGGUGCUGAGGGUCUGUCUGGUUUUGUGAGUUCAGAGGAUGUGUUUGAGACAGGUCCAGCAAUGGCAAGCCGGCAGGUUGACAUUGCUACUCAAGGAUGGUUCAUUGGUCUUAUGUGUGCUGUUGCUCUUCUUAUCUUGAUUUUGCUGAUUGUUUGCUUCAUAAGGAGGAAUAAGGGUGGCAAAUAUCCAGUGAAGGAAAAGGAAGAUGCACAUGCUGAUCCAGAAAUACAGCCUAUGAAAGAAGAUGAUGGAACAUUUGGUGAAUACAGGUCUCUUGAAAGUGACGCAGAGGAUCAUAAACCUCUAAAGAAAGGAAGCCGAACACCUUCAGACAGGACUGUGAAAAAGGAGGACAGUGAUGAUAGUUUAGUUGACUAUGGCGAAGGUGUAAAUGGUCAGUUCAAUGAGGAUGGCUCCUUUAUUGGACAAUACAGUGGUAAAAAAGAGAAAGAACCUGCAGAAGGAAAUGAAAGUUCUGAGGCUCCUUCUCCUGUCAAUGCCAUGAAUUCCUUUGUUUAAUCAAGAAACUCAAUUCCCUUCCUACAAUAUUUUCCAUUGUGUUUAAAGCACUUGUGCAUCCUCCUUCUCAUGCUAAGAACAUACAGGUGACAAAGCUCCUAGCAACAAGAUGUUUAUACUAUGAGAACAUAUAGGUCAAUACAGUUACACACUAUAAAAACACAGUAAGUGAUAUGUUAGUAUGAAUCAAAGUGCAAAAGUCAAAAAAUUUGCUCUGAAUUUGAGUAUUUUUGCUUUUUUUAAAAAUAAACUGACAAAAAUAAUAUAACAUCAUCUGAUAAUGUUAUUUCCUGUCGAAAAUACAGUAUAAUGCAUGAAAAAUGCUACACAUUUCACAGAUAAACCUGUGUAUACUAUUAAAAUCUGGUUUGAUACUUUGUUAUGCAGUCCUCAGCUGAAUCCCUGGAUAUGAAUUCCGUUUUCAUUGUCAGAGUGUUAUAGUAGUGUUAUAUAGAACUUCAAUGUCUUUGUGGACAUUGUUGUGAAAUUGGUGACUUAAUGUCUAGCUAUCAUAUGUCUUUUUGCAAGACAAUUAGGAACAGUAUGUAUGGUAUAUAAUUGCUAAAUGAUUUAAUUAUGACACUUGCAUUUGCUGAUGCUUACUGAGACCCUGUUAUCUGCUCUUUGUUCCUAUUACUUUAUAGCCUUCCUAAUCUAUCAAGUAUUACAGCACUACAGUGUUCUAUUUUUACAUCGUGUAUAUGUUGGAUUGAUUUUAAGACAUAAAACAAUAUCCGUUGCAAUGCAUUUUGGAAUUUGUACAGUCACUGAAGUGAAAUUUUAAAAUGAGACAAAAUAUUCCAGAAGACACAGGGCAAAAUACAUUCAGUGCCUUUAUAGAAUAUGCAUUCCAUAAUGCACUGUACUACUAAGUUGGUGCAAUAAACUGUGAUUAGUGAACUACUAUCAUUGCCAAACAAAGUAACUGGUAAAAAGCAGAGAUGUUAUGAAACGGUUGAGCUGCAAAAUGCAAGGUUUAACAUUUUUUAAAUUACACAAAGCACAAUAUGAUUUUUUUUCCUUGAAGAUAAAAUAACAGCUUUUAGACAAUUAGAGCACAACAUGAUUUCAUGGCCUUACACAGUUUACACAAAAAUGGCUGAAUUCAGAUAUUUUACUAAUGCUGCAAAAACCUAAAACUCUCUUGCAAAAUAUGUUAAAAAAUACCAUGCCAACAACAGCACAUUUUCCUCCGAGUCAUUGCUUGACCCAUGUGGCAGCUUUUGAAAUUAUCUACAGCAUGAAAGCAGUGUGUAGAUUACUGCUCAGAACCACAAAAUUCAAGGAAUCUGACAAAUGCUAACAAGGUUUAGUGGUAAAGGAUUACUGUUAUCAGUUACAAAAAUAUUCUCUCACAUACUAUAUCAAUCAAACGGUUUACCUCCAAAUAUGAAAUUUUAUAACAACCUAUGGUUGAAGGAAUGCUCAGUUUCAUUUGCCAAUAAAUUGGUUUUUCAUAACUUGCAUCAAGUUUAAUUUUAAGUAUGCUUUUUAUAUGUAGAUAUUUGUUGAAUUUGUAAAUACACUUAAAGUGUAGAUGCUAUAUGCUUCUAGGUGUUACAAACAAAUAAACAAAACAAAAAAAGCCUAUGUUGUACUGUGUAAGAAGUACUAUAGCCAAUGGAGUGCUUGGUAUUUUAAAGCAUCUACUUAAAUAUAUAUUUUUUGCUGUGAAAAUGAAAUAGUGAACUGUUCUACUUAUUUACUGCAGAUUUCUAGAUAUUAUCUUAAGAGCUUGUGUCCGUGGAUUCCAUUAGACCAUAGUACACCUUGCAGCUUUUAUGUAUGUAUCGUAGGUAAAGCACAAUUUGAAGUAAUCACAAAUUGAAGUCAGCCGUACAAGCUUCUUUUGCACCGUUAAGCUUUCCAUAAUCCAUUUUCCUUAUGGAAACAAAAACAAAAAAUGAACUAUAUAACACUGAUUACAAAGCACAAAGAGAGUUUCUUAAUAAGAUUUCCCAACGGUAUUGAUAACAAUAAAGUGAAAUUUUAUUCUUCUUUAAUUGUAGAUGCUGAAUUUAUCUGUGCAUGUAAGGGUACACAUACAGGCUCACUUCUGUAAUAGUGCAACAGUUUUUGUAUUAAAAAUAAAUGUGGUUUUAAAAUUUCA